AUGAGCGAGUCUCCCCGUCCCAGCAGCGACAGGUACUCCAUGAGCCUGGAGCAGAGCUUACAAGAACUUCAAGAAAAAAUCCAGCAGCACCGGGAGGAACUUGCAACCCUUCAACGCAAUGGUAGACCAUCUGCCCAAAACAAGCCCGGCCCAGGCCCAGGCCCAUAUGAGGUCAUGAAGGGUGCCUUUGAGCAAGUUGCCAACACACCUCCUUUCGUACCCUUCUCGGGGUCUGUCUUGCCCGCGCUCGUGGCCCUGCGGAAGACGCAUCAGACUAUUGCAGAGUCGCGAGCUUAUCUGACCAGCCAGAGAGCCUCACUUGAUCAGGCCAAACACAGGCUAGAAAGCGAGCAGGCGAACCUGGCUGACCAGAAGCUGCUACAGCAGAGUUUGGAAAAGCGCAUCCAAUCGCUCGAAGAUGAAGCCGAGUCUCGGAUGGAACUUUCGCCCGAGCAGGCCGCCAAGGAAAGACUAGACGAACUGAAGCAGAAGAGGCGGUAUUACGACAAGGAGACUUCAAAACUACUCAAAGCUGUGAGGAAAUUCAUCGAUGACCAUCUAGCGGCACAGUUGGCGGCGGAAGACCUCGGUGGACCGGUCGUUGGUGAAAUGAUGGAAAUUGAUUCUGAUCAACUGGUUGCGGGUUUCAACGCCCAGGGUCGGCCAAUGCAGAUAAAAUCCAAGCCGGAUGAGGACAAGCGACAGAGACGUCUCGAGGAAGUCUGGGGUCUCCCGCAAGAAGACGGGAAGGAUAGGCGUGGCGAGGUAGAUGAGGCAACAGCGGCAGGACGUGAGAUGCGCGAGCUCAUAGAGGAGCUUCUCAACCAGCUCGUGGAGGCCGGGGGCGAAAACACGGGCGCCUACGUUAAGAUCCCGAAGGAGACGGCAGCGGCACGAUUUCUGGUCCGGUCCAAGGUCGCACAGUUCCAUCCUAGAGAUGCCACGAGGCUCAAGUUGAUUGAUUUCGGUAGAGAGCUAGAUGACUAG